AUGAAGGCCCAGAACCUAUUCGGCAACAUUACCGAGUGGGAGCCACAGGCCGCCAACUUCUGCCGCACCAUCGGGCACAAGUACCCCCUCAUCGCCCUGGCCGAGACCCACGUGGACGCGAACGGCAUCCAUGACCAAAUCGGGAAGCUCGCCAUGGACGACUGGAAGCUGGCCGCUACGCCAGCGCUACCGACCUACAAAUCCGGCAAGGAAACCCACGGUGGCGAGUGGAUUCUCACACAGGGCGACAUUGCAGCCACAACCUUUGAGGGGCACAGGGAGCACGACCCCAAGGCGCACAACAAGCAGGAGUUCGCGGGCUUCUCGCGGACGACCCUCCACACCAAGAGCGGCAACAUCGUAGUCGUUGCGGCCUACCUCCGGCCUGGGCUCCGCGAUCGAGGCGCGAACAGGGGCAUCAUGGUCUCCAUCUCCACAUUCAUGAACAUGCUCACCGACCCGUGGGUCAUCCUCGCCGACUGGACCUACGAACCGAACUGGUGGGACGACAGACUGUGGCCCACCAAACGGAACGGCACCGCCCUCACCAACCCAGAGUGCAAGGCCACGUGCGACAAGGGCAAGGGCUCCGCGCACGACUAUGCGAUCGUGCGCGCGGACUUCGCCACGCACCUGGACAUCAAAGCGAUGCGCGACGUGCCCUGGAAUACCCACUGGGGCAUCCAGGUCACGGCGGGCCGCGCCGAGCCGCGGGCGCACAAAGCGAUCAGGGAAGACCCCGCGCCGUUCAUCGCCCCAGAGGCCGACUGGGGCGAGGCUGCCGCCGAGGCGCGGAACUACCCGAGGUCCCAGGGCACCCGCGUCGGCACCAAGGAGGGCAGGGACCACAUAUUCCACAGCCACAAGCAGAAGGCUGCAGCGCGGAUGAACUCCGCGUACGCCCAGCGGGUCGCGACCAUAGAGAUUGCCCCCCUGGAGACACACCACGCCCCAGCCGACGAGAGGGCCAGCACGCUCAUCUUGAGGUACACAGCAUUGGUCAAGAAUGCGAAAGACCCCAAGGCACGCCAGCAGAUCCACGGGACCAUCCUCAGCAAGCUCGACGACCUGGACAACCCAGAGGCCCAGAGGAACCACUCCGGCACCAAGACGGACCCGAAGGAGAUCGACGAGUGGAAGACCCAUAUCUCCACCCUCGAGUUCUGCGACGAGGGCGACCUCCAAUACCUCUGCGCCACCGCCGCAGUGUGGACGCACACGGCCAUGGCCAGGGCAGCGGGCAGAGCUCGGAAGAGAUACCCCGAGUGGGCGAAGCUUGCCUGGAAGGACCCCCCUAGCAAGCUCCACCGAACCGUCGCGGACCCCAAGAUGCACCGCUUGGACGACAAGAUGGCCCGCACCACUGUCGGCGACCCUUACCUGGUCAUGAGCAAGGCCGCGGACACGUGGCGCGACAUCUGGAAGUCGGAUCGCUACAACGAGGAGCAGAUCAUCGACGCGCACGAGAGGGCCAUCAUGCUCGCGAAGGAGGACCCCCUCCCUAUCAUCGAGCCGCAGCACAUCCAGGCUGUCAUCGGCGUCGCUAACCCCAUGAAGUCGAGAGGGGUCGACAACACUGGCCCCAUCGACAUCCA